CGCAACUUGACAAUCAGGUUUGGAAUUCUCGCGUGGGAGUCAUGUGGGAUUCCUCCCGGUUUGUUAUUUUAUACGACGUGGUAGUUACUAGAAACAGACGAUGAGUUCGCUUCUGUUUUCGAUAAAAUCGCUUCCGUGCCCUCAUUUUAAUUUAAGUAGUGUUAAAAUUGUGUUCGUUGUGUUGACUACAUUCGUCAUGUAAUCACUCAAUAUUCAACUGUUUUUUUGUUUGUUUUAUUUGCGUUUGUUUUCUUGUGAAAAUAAAAUACGACAAUGAGUUGAGACAAUGAUUCGAUGUAAUAUUUAUUACAGUUUGAUACAACUUUCCAAAAUGACAGUGAAAAUGUCACGAAGUAAAAUUUUGAUUUUAUUCUGCGUAAGUUUCUACUUCUUGGAGAUUGGUAUUGCUGAUGUAUUGAAAAACGAUGAAGAACAACAAUUAUUAGACGAACGUAUUCGAUCAUUGGUUAUUGUGAUCAUCAGCCAAUCAAAUUCCUAUCAUCAUGUUAAGGCUAUGAAGUUGCGGGAAGAAAUUUAUGAACAUGCUGAUAAAAUAUCUCAGGCUCGUCCAGUGGUACACAUCUCACACCUGGAUUUCCCACACGUGGGCGCAUGGACUUUUCUUCCACUAAUAUCACCACUUCUGGAGGUACACCAGACAAAAGCGACUGGGGUAUUAUUCUUACAAGAUCACACGGUUUUGGAUCUACGACGAUUUGCUGAUGUUGUUGCUAAAUACCAACAUCAAGUUAGAUUUGUUGGUUAUGCUCUACACGACAACGAAGCUUCCAUCAUUCAUCAUUUCGCAUUCUACGAAGAUCCCACACGUUUUAAAUACCCUAAUCUGGCGUCAGGGUUUUACAUGACUACAGAACUGCUAUUAAAGUUAAAUGAUAGAUUAAAUCAAGAAAGCAUCAAAACUGAUUUUAAUAUUGAUCCAGCACAUGAACUUGCUUUGUUUAUUUGGAAUGAAGGAAACGGUACAGAAUUGACCCACGAUGAUACUUUUUGUACCACGCCACCUACCGGCCCUGCUAUAGAGUGCGCCACCUAUCCGCAGGCAUUCAAACCAUGCUCUCCAGCUGUGGACUUAGAAGAAGUGUAUUUUGCAGUGAAAACUUGCAAGAAAUUCCACGCGGACCGCCUCAGGGUAGUCCGAUCAACAUGGGCGCCUCAUGUACAACAUAUUCGGUAUUUCAGCGAUCACGCAGAUCGUACAAUUCCAACAGUUAACAUUGGUAUACCCAACACUGACGUUGGUCACUGCGAGAAAACCUUCGCCAUUUUGCGUUACGCGUUGAAUGACAUCAACACAAUUGAAACACAAAAUGGCGGUGACAAAAUAAAAUGGCUCGUGCUGGUAGACGACGACACAAUAUUAAGUGUGUCCCAUGUGAUGAAUCUUCUAACCUGUUACAAUCCGGAAGAAAGCAUUGUACUUGGCGAGCGUUACGGCUAUGGUGUGCGUACGCACAAAGGCUACAACUAUAUAACUGGUGGCGGUGGGACGAUCAUUAGCCGCCGCCUUUUGCCUUCACUCGCCACACAUUGCCUAUGUCCUUCUGCACGUACCCCAGACGAUAUGUACUUAGGUUUUUGCCUGCGUGAGUUGGGUACGGAAAUUGUACACUCGCCACUUUUUCAUCAGGCACGGCCCAAUGAUUACUCCAAGGGUUACUUAAAAUCACACGAAACAAACACAGUGUCGUUUCACAAGCAUUGGAUGGUAGAUCCUAUUAAGAUCUAUAAAACAUGGUUUGAAAAGGCUGAUUUGUUGCUUGAAUCACGGGUUGAGCACCAAGAAUUGUAGAGUUUUAUGUUGCUUAAUAAAAAAUUAAAUAUUUGUUGGUUAUGCAAUUUGAUUAGUGUUGAUUUUGUAAAUAAAGUUGCAUAUAUUCAAAUAUAACCUAAAAUAUUCGCUA